AUGGACUCGCCACCGCCUGCGGCUGCCGGUGGAAACAAACUACCACCGUCGCCAUCGUCAAAGACUGCAGAAUUGGAUACUCCGCUGCACGCAAUUGGCUUCGAAAUUGACGACCUCUCACCUAAUAAAGUCACCGGCCACCUUCUAGUCACCCCAAAGUGCUGUCAGCCGUUCAAGGUGUUGCACGGAGGGGUGUCGGCUAUGAUAGCGGAGUCGCUGGCGAGCAUAGGAGCCCACCUCGCAUCGGGCCUCCGGCGAGUGGCUGGAAUACACCUUAGCAUCAGCCAUCUCAAGAGUGCCCAAUCCGGAGACCUUGUCCUUGCCGAAGCCACUCCUAUAAAUGUUGGCAAAACCAUUCAGGUUUGGGAGGUGAACCUUUGGAAGCAAGAUCCUUCGAAGUCUGAGAACAGAACUUUGAUAUCAUCGUCAAGAGUGACUCUUCUUUGUAACAUGCCUGUGCCAGAAACUGUCAGAGAUACUAUAGAAAAUCUCAAAAAAUAUGCAAAAUUAUGA